CUAUAAAAGCUCGGACCGUCACUCUUUUUGGGCUUAGAACAAAGGCGACUGCGCACGCGAGUGGUUUAUAUAAGUUUGCUCAAUCCUUCAUAAAUUUGUUCAUUCCUUCCCAAGGAUAAAGGGAAAUUUCCUCAUAAAAUCGUAUUUUGCACAUAGCUAUGAGGCUAAGUUUUGUGAUUACUCUUAUCCUGGCAGGUUCCCGACUGUCCAACGCUUUCUGGUGGCCAAAGACAACAACGGAAACCAGGGAACCGAGUGGCGGCCAAAUUCUCCAGCAAAUUCCGCUUACCUAUUUCCGCACAUACACUUAUCAGCCAUUGGCUCCUGGGUUCUAUGGAUUUGGAGCUGCUCAGACGCCUUUGCUGCCUGGUGCUCAGUAUGAUCCAUAUGGGAUGACCAGUUACGCUGCUGCCAGACGACAUGACUCUGUUUCCAGGCAAGAAGUGACUGCUCCGGUGGAGUUGAACAACGCGCCGAGUAGCUCUCGGACCACCAGCACCACACCCGCGCCAACGACCACAACUACGACCACCACCACAACCACCACUCCGGCACCAACAACAAAAGCUAGUACUACUACCACCAGCACAACCCCACCACCAGUACCACCUCCGCCCCAGUCCACCAGUAGUAGUUUCUCCGAAGGAUCCACUUCCAGCUUGCUGCGCUUCGGUGAAUAUCCCGCGUACAAUCGCCGGGUAAGCAACCUCUACAACGCCAGGCCCCAAUAUCCAUAUCCGGACUACUUCAACUAUCAGCCGCAGCAGCAGACCGUAGUAUCGGAGCAAGGGGUCUCCAGUAACAGUCGCAUCCAAUUUGUUCCCUGCAUGUGCCCCGUCAGUAUGCCCAGUUUCGUGGCAUCCUCGACAGCGUCCACAUUGCCUCCGCAGCUGUCCACUUCCUCCACAUCGUUCGUGUCCCAGCCGGCGGCUCGUCACAUCGAGGGACAGGAAUUGGAAGCGGAAGCUGAUGGCGAGACAGAUAAUGAGGGAGAGGAAGAGGACGAGGAUGAUGAACAGGGGCAGGAACAGGAGCAGGGCCAGAGCCAGAGUCACGGUCUGGAAGACGGUGCCACCAAGGCGCAGACAGAAGGACAGGAUAUAACUUCAGACAGUCCUAUCUAGUUCAAUUGGAUGGUGCAGCAACAGCCUUCCUUGUACAAAGGCUAAUUUACGACUGACUUGUCACUAAAGGGGUGCCCUAGAGAUCUUAAAACAAAUAUUAAAAACAAAUGAAAAAACGAUUAAAAAUAAUAUUUAGAAAGAAUGCCAAUUCAGGGAUACUACAGCACAUAAAAGUAAGCGUCUGCUGAAAAUAUUUUUUUUUUCAAUAUUUAAUAAAUAUAAUAAUAAAGAAAAUAUUAAAUAAAUGUAGCAAUAAAUAUCGAGAGCUUGUAAGAAAGUAAGUAAUCUUAAUUAGAGUAAGGUAUUGCAAAAAAUAACGCCGAUAAUGGGAUUCCAUGGAUUUCAUGUUCUUUUAUUGAUUCAUAUUCGGAUGCUCGAUCAAUUAAAUUUACACAUUUAAAUUGUAUUUAUCAAUAUUUUAAUACUUUGCGCUUGCUGCACGAAUUUCAACUAGCAACGAGCGAAGAUCCCUAAGCUCCACCUUUUUCAUCUCCAAAGCUCCUCCACAUCAAACGUGCCUCUCAAUUAGUGGAGAACUAUCCUUUAAUCAUCAAUUCAACAAUUACAAAUACAUUUACUUAACUAGAUGAACUUGUGCUUCGAGUCUUUGAAGUUGAAAUUAGCUUGCGAUUUGGGGAAAACGUUUUCCACUCCGUUUUCAUUUCAACGGGCGCCAAAGUGCAAAAGUGGUCUUAGCGUAGUUAAUGCGUAGGUUUACAAAAAAGGAGUUAAGUAUACAAUUAAUCAGGGGAAAAUAUAUAAUCAGUCGUUUAAGUUUUUAGAUAUACAUGUAUACAUCGAUAUAUAAAUAUAGUCAUAAAUAUAAACCGCGUUCAAAUACAAACACGAGUACAAUUACCUCUAAGCGUCGGGGAUUAAACAAUCGAAAAUUACGAGCUAGAGUAUCAGGGCGAAGUCUCUCCGUAGAGACUGGCCCCCAACUAACAAAAAAAAUGCAUCUUACCUCUAGAAGAUCGUACUUAAUGCUAAAUCUGCUACGCAUGCGCUCUGACCGAAUCGAUUCUUCGAUUCUUUGUGUGCUAUGCAGCUUUUGAAUGCUUGCAUGUUUGCUCGUUUGUUUGUUUGUUGUUUGUUUCUUUGCUUUGUGUUACUUUUGCUUGCGUUUGUGGACUUAUGUGGUAGGGAAAUUGCAAUAAUAUGGCCUAUCAAUAUAUCCAAAGCCAUCUUCCUCAGAUAUUCUUCUCAUGAUCAUGGCUAUAGCCUUUCUCCGAUGCCUUUC